GACGGACUGGAAAGAAGGAUCUCUCAGUGCACAUUAACCACGUCGUUCUAUACUAACAACUUUAACUAACGUCUACCUUCCUUUUCUACCUUCCUUGUCCAAUCAUAACUGAAGCGGUUAAUAAUUGCUCCCUAACUUCCUUCGUUUGCUGGUCCAGCCGUCCUCCUCUGCAACAGCUGUGAAAUUCAAGAAGGCGUGAUAAGUCUUCGAUAUAUGUCCUCCUCCACGGCAGUUGAAGAACUUAAAUGUGCUUCAAAACACUCCAAAACGUUUAAAUUUUCAAUACAAACGAUUAAUGUAGCAGCAGCAGCUGUUGUUAAACCUAAAUCUAGUGGUAUCAGUUUUUAAUGUCAGGCCAGAGUUCUCUCCAAUGUAGGUGAAGCAAUAAAUAGAAGCUGAAACAGUCUUUUUGUUUGCUUGAUGGAUUCUCAUCCAAAUGAAUCAAAAGCAUCAAGCAGGAUCGAUGACCGCCUAACCAGUGAUGUUGUGGUAAGGCUUAGAACACAGGAUCGUGAUCACCGGGUUUAUUGCCAUUCUCACAUCCUUGUCCGACAAAGCAAGUAUUUUGCUGAACGGUUAUCUGACACCUGGCCUGAGUGUCAAAUUCUUGACUCCCGCAACUGUGUUGAGGUUCACUGUGAAGAAAAUGACUUCGACCACACACUCCACAUCCUUCGUCUCUUGUAUCUCAGUUCAGAUUCUUCGGUGAAUGCUGAUUUUUUCCAUGAUGUUAGGACUGCCCUCGACAUUUUACAGGCAGCCUUCAAGCUCGGCUGCCCGGAAGUUGUUACUGCAUGUGCAGAAUAUCUGGAAGCUGUCCCAUGGGAGGAAGAUGAGGAAGAGGAUAUCCUAAAAGUAAUUCCAAACAUGGGACCUGAAGUGGGACCUGUACUUGCCCGUGUACAACCUGUCAUUCCCUCUGUGAUGAUAAAACUAUUUCUCUCAGCAAUGCAAUUCGCCACCUCCUCACCUCCAGAUUCUUUGAAUGAUAUAAAAAGAACAGCUCAAGAACAGCUCGAUGACAUGUUGACUAAAGACAACAAUGGCCCUCUAUUAACAGCUGAUAAUAAUGAGAUCAAACUAGAAGUGGUGCAAUGCAUUAAGAGACUCCACGAUAGGUUAAGCGAACUAGUAGAAUCUUUACAGUGUGAUUCUGAGGACAGCAAAAUGCUAGUAUCAUUUAAAUGGUGUUUAUCAGAUUUGUCCUGGGCGUUUCAGAUAUUAUCAAAGAUGGAGAUUUUGAGAGAUUUUGUUCACAGAUGGAUGCAGAUAUCGUUCAAAAUAUUAAAAGUGGUACAGAAGUUGAGCAUAGAAAAGGAGACCAUUUUGAUAAGAGUGAUGGUUCUUGAUGUGGCAGCAAUGGUGUUAGAUGCCAUAGCAUAUGGAAAGGUCGUUCUGCCUGCAACGGAACGGCUUCACAUGACAAAGGUUUGGCUUCCAUUUGUCAGGGAAAUGAGAUCUUUGAUUGACACGUUGAGUUACAAUGAGAUCCGUAUAAUUGAUGAUGAGAUGUGGAUGUUAUUGGAGUCAGUAUUUGUUUCAUUGAUACUUACAUUGCCCUCUGCUGAUCAAGCAGAGAUCUUGACAGAGUGGUGGAGAAAACCAACGUAUCCAGACCUUUCCGAGGCCUUUGAAACAUGGUGUUAUAGAUCCAAGGUUGCUAGGCGAAAGAGGUAAAUGCUUGCAGGAGAUGGUGAUAGUACAUCAAUGGAAGUCUUGGGUGGUGGAAGGGGUUUGGUCCGACUCAGGUUUUUAAGAACUUGAAACUUUCCACAAUACUUCGUAUUUCAGAACAAGGUUCUGUAAAUAAACGUCACUACUAUUGGUCUGGGCCGGGCUUUAGCAGUUUCGGUUUUGCAAUUUAUACAUGUUAAAUCUGUUUACGAACUAACCAAACAUAUCAACAAGUAGUCCAAAUAACUUGGACAAUGAGAUACUUUUGUUCUUCCCAACAAAAUGAAAGCCGAUAAAUCAUCAACAAAUUCAAAAUUGACAAACAAAAU